AUGCAAGUUCAAUCAUUCAAGCGGCAACCACCGCCACAGACCUACGGGGCUGUGUCUUUCCCUGCUCCGCAUGUCAUGCUGGUCGUGUUCAAUCGACCCAAGGCCCUCAACUCUAUGACCAGCGCGGGCCAAUAUGAGCUCGAACGUCUCUUCGCCUGGUAUGACAGUGAGCCAUCCCUACGCUGCGCCAUUGUCACUGGGGCUGGCCGUGCCUUCUGUGCGGGCAUGGACCUGAAAGAGUGGAACCAGUUAAACGCUCGUCGUGCUCGUGGAGAAAUAGAACAGCAGCCGAUGAUGCCACGAUCAGGGUUCGGCGCUCUUUCCCGGCGUCAUGGCAAAAAACCAGUCAUUGGUGCAAUUAAUGGGUUAGCUUUUGGUGGGGGGAUGGAGAUUGUUGCAAACCUGGAUCUUGUCAUUGCUGCACGGAGUGCGCUCUUUGGUCUUCCAGAAGCUAAGCGAGGUGUGGUUGCAAUGGCUGGCUCGCUGCCGAGAUUGGCUCGAACGAUUGGCCGGCCGAGGGCAACUGAGUUGGCUUUGACAGGGAAGAAUAUUACAGCUGCGGAAGCAAAGGACUGGGGCUUAAUAAACUCUGUCACAGAAGACGCUGCAGCUGACUGCACGGUGGUGGAGCGCCCGGUUGUCAAAGCGGCUUUGGACCUUGCAGCGAGCAUUGUUGAUAAUAGUCCCGACAGUGUGAUUAUUAGUCGCGCUGGAAUUGUUGCUGGAUAUGAGGACGGGAGUGCAGAGAAUGCUAGCCGCUUGUUGAGCGAGAAUUGGGAGUCUGCUCUUGAUGAUGGAGCAAAUUUGCACGAAGGUGUACAAGCAUUCGCUGAAAAGCGGGCUCCUCGGUGGGUUGAUAGCAAGCUGUAG